AUGGCAACCAGCAAUGAUGCCGAUAUCGCCACCACAUUGCCGUUAUCUGAAAAAGACGACGCGAUAGCAAUGGUGGGCGAGCAGCAACAUGCCAUUGAUCCCGAAGUUGAAGCAAGAGUCGUACGCAAAAUCGACUUGUUCCUCAUCCCGACCAUGGUCAUCGGAUAUGGCCUCGUCUACUACGACAAAGCAAUCCUCGGGUCGGCCGUCCUCUUCGGCAUGACCAAAGACCUAGACCUCUUCAUCACCAACAAUUCCACAACUCCGCCGACAGUCGACACCCGCCGCCUCAGCUGGGCCACAUCCCUCUUCUACUUCGGCAUGCUCGCGGGCCUGUAUCCCAUGACAUUCGCCCUCCAGCGCUUCAACAUUGGCCGCAUCCUCGGAGCCAUCGUCAUCCUCUGGGGAGCGAUAUGCAUGCUCACCGCCGCGGUAACCACCUGGCAGGGCUUAUACGUCCAGCGCUUCUUCCUAGGCUUCGUGGAGAGCAUCAUCCCCACGGGCUUCAUGUGCAUCGUCACCAGCUUCUACACCCAGUCUGAGCAGACCAUCCGCCAGAGCUGGUGGUACAGCAGCAACGGGUCGUUCGUCCUCAUCGGCGGAGGACUAAACUACGGUUUCGCACAGAUUACGAGCGGUGCCUUACAUCCCUGGCAGUACAUCUACCUGCUCGCGGGGGCGCUCACCCUCCUCUUCGGAUGCUUCUGCUUCGUUAUUCCUAAUUCCCCUGUUUCGGCGUGGUUUCUCACACCGCAGGAGAGAUUCACGGCCGUAGAGAGACUGCGUCACGGGCAAACCGGCGUGCGGUGCACAAAGUUCAAAAUGUCACAGGUGAGAGAAGCGGUCACCGAUGUCAAAGUGUGGCUUAUAGCAUUGAUGAUGGCAUCGACGUACACCAUGAACGGGGCAGUCAGCGGUUUCGGCCCUCUCAUCGUAUCUACAUUCGGAUGGAGCACUCUCCAGUCUAUAUUGUUGCAGUUCCCCCUCGGAGCACUAUGUGUCAUUGUCAUCAUGGCAACAGGCUACAUCGGCUCGCGCUUCCCAAACACCCGCAUCAUCAUGCUUAUUCUCUGCUGCCUCCCCGUCAUUGCAGGUUGCGCAAUCAUAUGGAAGAGUACAUGGACACACCACGCCGCCGCCCCCGUCAUCGGCUACACAAUCACCGGCUUCUUUGGCGGCACCGCCAGUCUCACCAUCUCCAUUGGAAUGUCCAACGUCGCAGGCCACACCAAGAAGAGUUUCAUGGCUGCCACGACGUUUGUCGCCUACUGCGUGGGCAACAUUGUUGGUCCGCAGCUCGUUUGGUCUGAGACGAAGAAGGAUCAUUAUCCUGCGUUGUGGCUGGGCUUGAUUGUAUGUUACAUCAUUUGCAUUCUUGCUGCGGCGUCGUUGUACGUGGUUUUGUAUCUGGGGAAUAAGAAGAAGAUGGCUGUUCCGGAGGAUGAAACGGAGAGAGCGAAGCUUGCUUUCCAGGAUUUGACGGACAAGGAGAAUCCGUACUUUCGAUAUGUGUACUAG